CUGGUGACCAGUUAGCACUUGGAGAUUAAAAACAUUACUGGGAGGAACUGAGAUGCGCUGCCAAAGUUUCAGGAAACUGAGGUUUUCUAUAAAGAGCAGUUGUGUUGCAGUUAUGUUUAGUUCCAGGCAGAAUGCGGGCUGGGAAACUUUACCUUGUGAUAUUGCUGACCACAGUGGCCUGCUUUGGAGACGAUACAGAACGACCCCAGGCUGUGCUGACCCAGGAGCCUGCAUGGACACAGCUAUUCAGAUCAGAGAGUGUUACACUGAGAUGUCAGGUUCAGGGGGAUUACACUGGCUGGAGAUUCACAUGGUACAAAGUUGGGAGGAAAGUUCCAAUAUACCAGGAUUAUUACAGCAGAAUAGAUGGUGGUAGAUACACAAUUAGCUCUGUUACUCGACACCACAGUGGGAAAUAUACUUGUAAAGGUGAAAGGAGCGGUAACCCAUCGUACUCUAAAACAAGCAAUGCUCUCACACUGACAGUAUCAGUGGACCCUCCGAAGCCUGCACUGUCCCAGGAGCCUGCAGGAGAGAUAUUUGAAGGAGACCCAGUCACUCUGAGCUGUGUGUUGGAAGGUGACUGGAAAUAUCUCUUCUAUAAAGACUGGAAGGGAGCUCCAGUGUACGAGAAAUACAGCAGCAGUGGAACUGUAGCCGUAUACACAAUCAGUGCUGCUGUGUCCCACAGUGGAGAGUACCGUUGUAUAACUAUAAGGGGGAGCAGAUACUCACAAUACAGCAGUGCUGUCAAUAUACAAGUUUCAGAGCUGUUCAGCACACCCACUCUGACAGUGAAACCUGGUGCCUCAGUGUGGGAGGGAGAGGAUGUGUCUCUGCAGUGUGGGGCUCAGAUAUAUAAACAGGGCACACAGCUGCAGUACCGCUAUAGCAAAGACAAUGAGGAUCUGACAGGAGCUGGAUCACAGUACUCAAUCCCAGCAGCAGGGCUGAGAGACACAGGGAGCUACCAGUGUGAGGUGGAGGCAGCAGGGACGGGGGUGAAGAAAAGGAGUGAAUCUGUGUGGCUUUCUAUAAGAGAGCUGUUCAGCACACCCACUCUGACAGUGAAACCAAGUGCCUCAGUGUGGGAGGGAGAGGAUGUGUCUCUUCAGUGUGGGGCUCAGAUAUAUAAACAGGGCACACAGCUGCAGUACCGCUAUAGCAAAGACAAUGAGGAUCUGAGAGGAGCUGGAUCACAGUACUCAAUCCCAGCGGCAGGGCUGAGAGACACAGGGAGAUACCAGUGUGAGGUGGAGGCAGCAGGGAUGGGGGUGAAGAAAAGGAGUGAUUCUGUGUGGCUUUCUAUAAGAGAACGACCCCAGGCUGUGCUGACCCAGGAGCCUGCAUGGACACAGCUAUACGAAACAGAAAGUGUUACACUGAGAUGUCAGGUUCAGGGGGAUUACAAGGAGUGGAGAUUCACAUGGUACAAAGACGGGAGGAAUGAUCCAGUAACCCAGCAUUAUUACAGCAUAAUAGAUGGCAAAUAUACAAUUAGCUCUGCUACUAGAGACCACAGUGGGGAAUAUACCUGUAAAGGUGAAAGAAGCAGUAACCCAUCGUACUCGAAAACAAGCGAUGCUCUUACACUGAGUGUAUCAGCUGACAAGCCAAAGUUUGUCCUGACCCAGGAGCCUGCAGGAGAGAUAUUUGAAGGAGACUCAGUGACCCUGAGCUGUGAUGGGGGCUCUGAUGGCUGGAGAUAUCUCUGGUUCAAAGACAGUGAGGACACUCCAGUGCUCCAGACUGCUGGCCGCAGUAUAACUGAUGACAGCUACACCAUCACUGCAGCUGCUGUAUCUGACCAGGGCCAGUACUGGUGUCGAGGACAAAGAGGAGAUGAGCCACUCUCCUCACAGCUCAGUGAUAAAGUGAUAUUAAACAUAACUGGUGAGUUUAUUAACCCAUCUGAAUGCUCCAAAUAGUUUAAAUGUUUUCGCUGCGACUAUGCAGAUAUCCAAUGCUUUUCAAUGGGCCCUUAUAG